UGGCUGUGCAUAUAUCUACGUGCUCUGCCCCUCCGUCGUGCUCCUUCCUGCCAUGGACGCCGCCAUUCGCCGUAGCUGAGUGGAAGGUAGAUCGCGCCUUUCCGGAUGGUCUCCUUCUUUCUCGUGAUUCUACAGCUGCAGGAGCAUGUCCAUCGACCAAUAAUCACGAUUGAUUAAAUCACAUGUUUUUUGGAUGCAAUGGCACCAUUCAGAAACGACAUGCCUCUGUGCCCUGCAAGUCGGCAUUGCGCGCGGUGGGCUAUGGAGUAUAUGCAGUAUUGCCUCUGCAGCGCGAGGGAUGGGAUAUCUCUGUCCUUGGGCGUGGUUAGUGUAAUCAGUUGGGGUGUCGCUGAGAUACCUCAAAUCGUUACUAAUUACAAGCAGAAAUCCGCGGAGGGUCUUUCCAUUGCUUUCCUGAUGACAUGGGUACUUGGGGAUUUUUUCAACCUCUUUGGCUGCAUGCUGGAACCUGCCACGCUCCCUACACAAUACUACAUGGCAGUGUUGUAUACUGUGACUACAAUGGUACUCGCUGGGCAGACUGUAUACUAUGGUCACAUCUACCCUCGGUUGAAGUGCAGGCAGCCAUUCUGCAAGGGUCCCAAGCCUAAUCAGAUUGAGUCGGCGGGAAAUGAUAGACAAAUCAUUGGCAAAGUCAGUGGGAAAGAAGCCAACAGCAGUGAGAGACAAACUGUUUUGAGCUCACCAAUUCCUCUUCCUGCACUUCCAACAAAUGCUUCCCCUGGGAAAGGGUUAUAUUAUGUAUCAGCAAGAUCUUUGUCAAGUAGCUAUACUCCUACAGCAGGAUCUUUUUUUCCUCUGAGGAUGAGUCCCAACAAUGCUGAUAAUCAAGGUACUAUUGAAGAGCCAUUGCUUGCUGGAGAUUUGUCGGAACAAUCUGCACCAUCACCAAAGACCAAAAACAUGCUAUGCCUGGUCUCUGCAGUUACAUUUUUUGGCACUUUCAAUCUCCCCAAGCCAGUAAAAGACAGAGCAAGUUCUGUCUCUAAGAAACACAGUAGACGUGUCAUGCAAGUCGGAAGAAAGCUUUUGCAGGUUAAUGAUGGAAAUGGUUUUGCUGGAAAUAGUGGAGUUGGUAGUUUCCUCGGUUGGGCAAUGGCAGCUAUUUACAUGGGCGGAAGGCUUCCUCAGAUUUGCUUAAAUAUCAGGAGGGGAAAUGUUGAGGGACUCAAUCCAUUGAUGUUCCUUUUUGCUUUGAUUGGAAAUAUUACCUACGUCGCAAGUAUACUAGUCAGCAGCUUGGACUGGUCAAAAAUCAGGCCAAAUUUACCUUGGCUGGUGGAUGCAACCGGUUGUGUCCUUCUGGACAUUCUUAUACUUAUUCAGUUCGUCUACUUCACCUACUGGAGGAAACAAGAUGUCAAAAUUACCCGUGGAGAUAGUGGUGCAGUGUUGAGAUAGAUGAUAACAGUGCUUUACAAGGAAUUUAUGAGCUCCACAGGCAGGUUUCACGUGCUUUACAGGCGCUGACAGCGAAUAAAAUUCAGAUUGUCCUCUUUGAUCGGCUUGCAACCUAAAGUUUCGAGGGGUGUGGAUAUUCAUUUCUUUUUGGAAGAGAAUCGCUUUUUCUUCAGUUCCUCAAGCAUUUGUCCCCUCAAUCUGGCAAUUUUGUUUUCCUACCAUAAUAAUUCACGGUUGUGUCCCAGUGCUUCACUCUGCUUAUUCUUUAGCCCUCUGUCAGGAUGCUGGUGCAACGUAAUUAGACAUGAUCCUGCAUUGUGAAGGGGAAACUCAAGCUACUAAUUGAUUGAUUUGACAAGUC